AUGGACGGAAAUAAUGACAAAUCAUUCGUUAAAAUCGAACCGAAGCAAGAAGAAGAAAUCUAUUCCCAUCUUCAAGAUAACAUUUUAGUAAGCAACGAAACAUUCAUCACAAUAAAGGACGAAAUUACCAUUACUGCACAGUGCUCUAAAUCGCUUGAUAAUGAAGAACUACAACAAACUGAUUGUGGAUGGAAUAUUAAAACUGAAAUAUCUAACGAUAAUUUGGCCAGCAAGUACGCGUGCAUCGUCUUCCUGGCCUGCCUAAGGUUCGAAACGUCCAAACGCAAACUGCAGAGCUUGUCGUUUCCGGCGUUGAAGCGGUGCGCCGAGCAGGUCAUGAACGAGUGGACGUACACCUCGUCAGGUCCGGACUAUUUCGACACGGAAAUGGAUAAGGAAUUCCUGCUCGACUUACGGGAUCUGCGCGUUCUGCUCGACAAAGAGAAGGAGCACAAGAGCUUGGUUUGCGCGUGCGUGAAAUCGGCGCUCACGUCGAAAGCGUACUCGGAGGCGGAGUCGUGCUUUCGCUCGUACUCGCGUUCGAUACUCACGCUGGCGACCUCGCUGCACCGCGUGAGAGAGUUGCGCAAUCUCUUUUACGACUUUUCCGUCAUUCUCGAAAACUGGAAGCACACGAUCUGGAGUGUGAACGACUUGGAGAUUUUCCUCAAUGCGUACACUAAGUGCGCGCUGAGCCUGGACGUUUUAAAGGAAGCUGAUUUGAGACAAAAGUGGGAGCGUUACAUGACUGUUGUUAGUAAUUCGUUGGUUACGAUGUACAAAAACUGAUUAUAUUAAAAUAGUCUUGUACAAAUUGAUUCAUUUACUAUGAUU